UCUUACACCUUCUGAAAAAGACUAAAAAUGCCUUCCAAUACACGGCGUGGCGUAUGUUUUCGAUUCCUUCUCUAAAUAUAGAGGCGAAUGGUGCGCGCCCAAACUUGGUUGAACAUGAAAAUGCUUGAGUCUGAUGCGGAUGCGCCGUCUUUGAAUUCUCCAUUCAACAUUUUACUCAAUUAGUACACAAACAAUAUUAUGUACGCGCGCCCCUUCAUCACUAUUGUGCUCCUCGCAUUGUGCACUCUUGGCACUGUUUUGGCUUCCCCUCCUCCGAAACCUUCCCGAGAUAUUUUCUCAGUGACUUCGCCCGAGUAUGAAUCUGUAUACAGAGUUGGUCAGUAUGUACCUGUCGCCAUCUCGAUUGUCAAUGGUACUGAAGGUUACCUCUACCAGAAAAACCCCUCGAUGCGGAUUACUAUCCAGAAGAACAUCCGCUAUCCAAAUCUGAACGAGCGGGUUGGCGAGAUAUCCGCUCGCGAGCUCUACCACAGCGGCUUCAGGUUCAAAGUCAAGAAGGCAUAUUUGAUUGAGACGCAGAAGACUGUCCCAUUCCGUGUCCGAGUUUCAUUCUCUGCUGAGCCUCGUGGUGGCUUCAAUGACUCACCCUCAUUCAGGCUGAAGCCGAAGAAGGACUAAAAAAA